AUGGUGACUGCCGUUUACGAAUAUUGUUGGCAUGUCUUCUUAUUUAUUCUUCAAACUGGUGUUGAUAUAAAGGUUAUAUGUGAGACGCUUGACACAUUUGAUGGUCUAAUGCGUAUACUUUGCUAUUGGCCAAAUCCUUUGUGGGGGACUUUACUUCGUGAUGGAGCAUAUUUCAUAAUAGUUAUAUGUUCAAUAGUAUCUCUUCGUUUCUGUCAUCAAUCCUGUUCACUUAACUCGACACCACUCGCUGAACGACUACCGGAUCCAGUUUUACAGUUAAAUCUUUUAAGACCACGAACAAGUGUUGAGCAAAGACGACAAAGACGGCAACGACGACAACGUUGA